AUGUUCGAGAAAAAGUUCAACAUUGAAGUACAAACUUUACAGCCUUUACGUGAGUUUCUUGCACAACUGAAGGAAGAAGGUAGUCGGCCACAACUUAUAGACUUUCAUUAUGAAUUUAAUGAAAAUGAAGAUGGAACUCAUGACUGUCAGUUUGUUGUAUUCUCACCAUUCAAUGAAGUAGCUAAAAAGAAAAAAAAUCCAUUACGUAUAAGAUUUCAAAUCUCUGAACCAAGUGAUGAUUUCAAGAAUGUUUUCAAUUAUGAUGCAAUGCUUCCGAGGAAAAAUGAAUUUUCAAAGAUUGUAACACCUGGUAUUUGGGAUAGAAAGCAAGCUAUAUUAUAUUCAAACUUAAGUAAGGGAGUUGAAAAUGAGUUCAUUGGUCAUACAAGAACUUCACCACUUCCUAACCCUAAAUACUAUAAAUUAACUGGCUUCAAUCGUGAGUUUUGGAUAGACAUGUUCUCCACUCAUGACCAUAACUGCCCAGUGUUCUUACCUCCAGACCAUAAGGACUGUCUCUACAUUGAAGCACAACUCUUAAACUCUACCAUCGCAGUAUUGUAA